CUUCAGCAUGACCGAAGCGGUCUGUGCUGGUAUUUUCUCUGUUCGAGAAAGACAAGGACAGACUACUAUUUUUUUUUUUUCGUUAUUAAAAUCAUGUUCUGGCUGUACAGAACCCCCCCCCCCUUUCUUUUAAAAAAAAAGAAACUCUUUGAUGGUAGUUCACCUGCAUGACAAAACGUAAUUUUCAAUCAUUUAACCCUGGGAGCGCAUCAGUCAUGCCUUGGAUAGCCAAUCGUAUUAGCCCAAUUUUUUUUUUUGUCAACAAAAGCCCAGCAUGAUUGACUUUUUGUCUUGAAAGACCGCAUUAUGCAAUUCUCUCUCUCCCCUUCUCCCUUUUUAUAAUUUUUUUUUUGAAACACUUGAACAUGAAUGCAGAAGCACCCGUAAACGCAGGUCAUAAUUUUGCUAAUGCAGCUGAAGAUUAUGAAGAGAGGGAAAUGUGGUUAAAAGCAUCGGAAGCCCAUUCCAAAGCGGCAGAUCAAUUUGAGAUUGCGUUGAAAGACACAGAAGAUGCAGAGGCUACAAAAACACUUUUACUCUUGACAUCAAAUCAUGAACGCAAGGCCAAGGAGUUAAAGCGUAAAGCGGAAAGGGUGAUCAAGGCAGCGGCGAAUCAGCGGAUGCAACAAAUGGUGGGGAUAAAUAACCGUAAUCAUCGGUUACCGGAGCGACCGAAUAUGAAUGGACUGGUGUCACGGAUGGCCCGAGGAGAAUUUGGUGAGAGUUCCCAUCAUCGUACAGGUGGCAUAGGUGAAUCCUAUGCACUUUUGUCCAAUGAAGACCAUGACGAUGAUCCAUUCAACAAGUUUUUAGAGGCAGUGGAGGGUCUUGUACAGCAAUUUUUUAACCCUGCCGUGGCAUUUACCUCGGUUCCUUUAAACGAGAACGAUAUUCCGGUUCCUGUUACACCAACAGAAGAUAAGCUCGAAGAGGAUAUGUCCACCAAAUCUGAACAGACAAACAUGUUUGAUUCCUACUACAUGGUCUAUAGUCCAGAUGGAUCUGAAGACGAUACGAAUAAUCCGCCUGUUCAUCAAAUACAACCCAUGUCAACAGGGACAAAACAGGAAAAAAGUAUAGAACAGCAGCAAAAGGACCAUUACAAGGCAGAAAAUGAAAAACUGCAAGCGCAAAUAGCGCAAUUAACCAAACGAAUGAAAUCAUUGGAAAUGACUGCUGAAGAAGGUGAUAUGCUAAAGAGUAGUGUUCUCCAGUUUAGAAACGAUGUUCAUAUACAGGCAAGACGAAUCAUGCAAUCACACCAUGAGACAUCGAUGCGAUCGUCUGCAGCAGCGUUACUAGGGCCGAGUGGUAGUGCUGUCAACAGUUCACUUCGACAUCCAACGUUAGCAGGUGGAAAUGGGCAUGAUCCGGCGUCCCGUUUGAGAGAAUUGGAGCUGGAGAAUAAGCAAUUAAAGGCACAAAAUGAGAAACAGACUGUGUUGGUGAACAAAUACCGUGAAAGAUGGGAAAUGUUGAAGGAGAAUGCAAAGAAGCGGAGGGCUUCUACACCGUUAACAGAAGAAGGCAAUGAAAAUUAAAGUAAGGAGGGCUUAUAAUUGUGGAUUUGAAGAAGAAGAAAAACCAAUCAAAUGAAGUCUCCCCCUCCCCAUGCAGUCCCUUUGUUGUCUCUCUCUCUCUUUUUUUUUUUUUUUAAAGUAGAAGGGAAAAUAGUGAUGUUUGUAAUAAUAAAUGCAUGGUAGCAGUUAAAAAAAAA